CAGCAGCAUUGUCUAGCGAAAUCAUUCAGCAGUCAGGAUAUUUUGGAAAAAGUCCUUAAAAUCGACGAAUAGCUGCAAAUUGACUGUUUCACAUGUCUUUAAGUAAUACUCGGGAAUUUGGGAGGUAGACCUUCAUCAGCAUAAACAUGAAUAACACAAAACAACCCAGCAGGCAGAUUGAUGGGAGAAGUUAAUAUUGAAAUUUUCUUCACCCUAGGAAGUCACAGAAAACAAUCGUAUCCAAUCAAAGACAAAAAAAGAUGAGACUGCUUCUGUAUUAUUUGACACUGCUGGGGUCCAGUUAUGUGAUUUCAACAUACGGACCCCACCAGAGAGCACAGAUGACUGGUGAUAUUUUACUUGGAGGUCUUUUCCCCUUACACUUUGGCAUUGCAUCCAAAGAUCAAGACCUUGCAGCCCGGCCAGAAUCCACUCAGUGUGUCAGGUUCAAUUUCCGUGGUUUUCGUUGGCUCCAGGCCAUGAUUUUCGCGAUUGAAGAGAUUAACAACAGCAGUACGCUCCUUCCCAACAUCACGCUGGGCUACAGGAUUUUUGACACUUGCAACACUGUGUCAAAAGCCUUGGAAGCCACCCUAAGUUUUGUGGCCCAAAAUAAGAUCGACUCUUUAAAUUUAGAUGAGUUUUGCAACUGUACUGAUCACAUACCAUCAACCAUUGCAGUAGUAGGAGCUGCUGGAUCUGCUGUCUCCACAGCAGUUGCAAACUUGCUGGGUCUAUUUUAUAUCCCUCAGAUCAGUUAUGCCUCGUCUAGCCGCCUACUGAGCAACAAGAAUCAGUACAAGUCCUUCAUGAGAACCAUUCCUACAGAUGAGUACCAGGCCACAGCCAUGGCAGACAUUAUUGAGUACUUUCAGUGGAACUGGGUCAUUGCUGUGGCCUCCGAUGAUGAGUAUGGGCGUCCAGGGAUUGAAAAGUUUGAGAAGGAGAUGGAAGAGCGAGACAUCUGCAUUCAUCUAAAUGAACUUAUUUCUCAGUAUUUUGAGGAUCACGAAAUCAAAGCACUGGCUGACAGGAUUGAAAAUUCCACAGCUAAAGUAAUCGUUGUGUUCGCCAGUGGCCCAGAUGUCGAACCUCUAAUCAAAGAGAUGGUUAGGAGAAACAUCACAGAUCGAAUCUGGUUAGCCAGUGAAGCUUGGGCAAUCUCCUCCCUUGUUGCUAAACCAGAAUAUCUUGAUGUUAUGGCAGGGACUAUUGGUUUUGCUCUAAAGGCAGGUCGUAUACCUGGCUUUAGAGAGUUCUUACGGCACGUCCAACCAAAGAAAGACAGUCAUAAUGAAUUUGUCAGAGAGUUUUGGGAAGAAACUUUCAACUGCUAUCUAGAAGAUAGCCCGAGAUUCCAAGAAAGUGAGAAUGGCAGCACUAGUUUCAGGCCUUUGUGUAGUGGUGAGGAGGACAUCGCAAGUGUUGAAACACCAUACCUGGACUACAAACACCUUCGUAUCUCCUAUAACGUUUAUGUUGCAGUUUAUUCCAUAGCACAGGCGCUACAGGACAUACUCACAUGCACACCUGGACGUGGACUUUUUGCAAACAAUUCCUGCGCAGAUAUAAAAAAAAUGGAAGCAUGGCAGGUCCUUAAGCAGCUUAGGCAUUUGAACUACACCAACAGCAUGGGAGAAAAGAUGCGCUUUGACGAGAACUCAGAUAUGGAAGCAAAUUACACCAUUAUAAACUGGCACAGGUCUACUGAAGAUGGCUCUGUGGUUUUUGAGGAGGUUGGAUAUUACAACAUGCAUGCCAAGAGAGGAGCCAAGCUGUUCAUUGACAGGACAAAGAUUCUUUGGAAUGGCUAUAGCACAGAGGUGCCAUUCUCUAACUGCAGCGAGGACUGUGAACCUGGCACAAGAAAGGGGAUCAUAGACAGCAUGCCUACUUGCUGCUUUGAAUGCACAGAGUGUUCUGAUGGUGAAUACAGUAAUCAUAAAGAUGCCAGUGUUUGUGCCAAGUGUCCAAAUAACUCCUGGUCAAACGGGAACCACACAUUCUGUUUCCUCAAGGAAGUCGAGUUUCUCUCCUGGACAGAACCAUUUGGGAUAGCUCUGGCUAUAUGUGCAGUACUGGGUGUUGUCUUGACAGCCUUUGUGAUUGGAGUCUUUGUCAGAUUUCGCAACACCCCAAUUGUGAAGGCCACAAACCGAGAACUAUCAUAUGUGCUCCUUUUCUCACUUAUCUGUUGCUUCUCCAGCUCUCUCAUCUUUAUUGGAGAGCCACAAGACUGGACAUGCCGUUUACGCCAACCCGCCUUUGGGGUCAGUUUUGUUCUCUGCAUCUCCUGCAUCCUUGUCAAAACUAACAGAGUCCUUUUGGUAUUUGAGGCCAAGAUUCCUACGAGUCUCCAUCGUAAAUGGUGGGGAUUGAAUCUGCAGUUUCUCCUGGUGUUUCUGUGCACAUUUGUCCAAGUCAUGAUAUGUGUGGUCUGGCUUUACAACGCCCCUCCUUCUAGUUACCAAAAUCAUGACAUCGAUGAGAUCAUUUUUAUCACAUGCAAUGAGGGCUCUGUGAUGGCUCUUGGGUUUUUAAUUGGCUACACGUGCAUAUUGGCAGCCAUAUGUUUCUUCUUUGCAUUUAAGUCACGGAAACUUCCAGAAAACUUUACAGAGGCCAAGUUCAUUACUUUUAGCAUGCUCAUAUUCUUUAUUGUUUGGAUCUCUUUUAUUCCUGCAUACUUCAGUACUUACGGCAAGUUUGUUUCAGCUGUGGAGGUCAUUGCUAUCCUGGCAUCUAGCUUUGGGAUGCUAGCCUGUAUCUUCUUCAACAAGGUCUACAUCAUCCUCUUCAAACCCUCCAGGAACACGAUUGAGGAAGUCAGAUGCAGCACUGCAGCCCAUGCUUUCAAAGUGGCUGCCAAAGCUACAUUAAAACACAGCACAACUUCAAGAAAAAAGUCCGGCAGCCUCGGUGGGUCUUCUGCCUCAACUCCUUCCUCAUCCAUCAGCGUCAAGACCAAUGGCAAUGACUACGACACUGCCUCAGGAAAGCACAGGCCAAGGGUGAGCUUUGGGAGUGGAACAGUUACUUUGUCCUUGAGUUUCGAGGAGUCCAGGAGGAGUUCUCUGAUGUGAUUGCUAGGUGUUGAUGUGUCACCUUCACUGAUCCAAAUUAAGUAGGAGUGUAUUUUUUUAGACUUUGUUUUGGAAUUUAUUUUAAUGUAGAUUUUUUUCUUUAAAUUUUUUCCCUCUCCAUAUUUUAUCAGAAUGAUCAGUCAAAACAAUAUACUGUCUAUGAAUUCUGUUACUUUUAGUAUUUCUGAUUAAUGUUAACUCUGCUAAUAUGGUAAAACACAGCAAUACAAGCAAAAUUUCCAAUUGUUGCCUGUUCUUUAAAGGAUUAUCCACUUUCUAAAAGGCGUUCGCACUGUUUUGUGGCACAAUGUUCCCUCCUCUGAUAAAUAUCCUCCUAUAUUCCCUCUAUUGUAUUUUGUUAUGACACUAUGAGCUUGUAAAAUACAAACUAACUACCUAUAAUGUUAUGUAUAUAAUAAAAAUGAACCAAGAUGCAAGUAAAAAUUACCUAAAUUCUCUUGGAAAUAGAUCUUAUUACUAGAAAAUCUGGUGAACACACUGACUAAAGGGGAUUCUGGUCUUUCUAAGAACUUGCUCUGCUUGUGGUUUGCUUAUCACAAGUAUCUGACAACUGCAAACAGUGCAGGCCUGUCUCGCAUGUUAAUGUCAUUCGUGCAGUAAUCCUGCCCUGCAGUCAUUUCUUUACAAUGGUGGUGUGAGGAGUAGCCAUCUGCUUGCCAACUGUAAAAUCUGUAACUUUUCUAAACUCUAUGGUACGUGUUUAUUUCAGGGCUGCAGAGAUACUUUUACAUAUAAAGCUGUUUAACAAAUCACUGAACGUUUAUUGAACAGACGAUACAGUACACCCAUAAAUGUACAUGUUCGUGGGUGUACUGAGCACAAAUAAUAGUAUAAUAGUGGCUAUGUGGAGUCUGCUCUCAAAAACAUCCCAUCAUUUGUUACCAGAAUAUUGUGAAAGAGCACCUUGUACCUUUACAAAGCUAAUGAUAUUUUUUGUGAACUUUCUACUUUAAAUUAAGGUUUAACUCCUUAAGAAUGAUAAAGGAUAGAGAACUGAGUAUUAACAUGUAUAUGAAAUUAUCAACACAAAAGUGAAAUACAAUAGAGAAGGUAUCAUAAUGUAAGACUUCUUUGAUGGUGCAGAAUCUCCUGAAACUCAAUACAACAAAUUACAUUUACAACCCUUAAAAGAAAUGAAUACAGGGAGACAUUAAAAAAGGACAAAUCCAGUUUUUUAGAGUACCCCACAUUUAAUCAAAAUUAUUACUUUGGAAUGACCUCAACUGGUCAGUAAAUGACAAACCACAAUAUAGUUGAGUUUCAGCAGUUCAAUCUGAAUAUAUAGUCAAAAAUGUCUCUUGUCAGUUCAUCAAGUCUGAGCUACACCAGAAGGAAGUGCAUGUUUCAAAUGAAUACUGUUAAUGGAUGUUUGGCCAGUUAUGAAAUGAAAUUGUUUCUUUAAUUCUCCUGUUGUGAAUGUUUAAUGUGUGUAUUUAAUAAAGGCGGAGAUAGCCA